AACCAAAGUAAGAAUAAUUAAAUAUCUGUAAACUCAGACUGCCACCUAAUUUCCAGAGCUCCCAAGGAAAGGACUGUUUUCAAGUCGGGUAUAUACUGAACACCUACUUGGAAAUGCCUAAUGGAAAAAGCUGGACAACAGGCGGGACAUUCUUGUCAGCCUGCUCAGUGCAGGACCUCGGAGUCCCCCGAGCACGUUGUGCACGUCGCAGCCCCCAAAGGCGGUGUGCUCAGACUGCGGGGCUGUCGCGCUGUUUGGGGUCGGGAAACAGGCUGUCCUGGGGCGGCACCUGCUUACCGCCCGAGGUGGAGUCCGAGUGCGGGGUGCAGUGGACGCCCUGACCCCCGACUGUGUGUCUGUGUGCGUUGGGGGGAGGGGGUGUGUGCAUACGCGCCGGUCCGGAGGGCUCCGCUUCUCCGUGGUUUCGGGGCGCGUCCCGGCUGUAAAAAGGCGCCUGGGGGCUUGUGGGCUGCGGGGGACUCCGAGGCGCCCUGAACCAUUACAGCUGUGGAUCCAGGUUUGGAAACGAACGCUCUAGCCGAAACCAACUUCUCCAGCCAGGACAAGUCUGAGCUGCGUACGAGAAAGAUGCACCCGGAUGGCGCUUCGACCCGACUCCAGCGGAACGCGCGCAACCCUCGGGAAGGAAAGGAAACGAUGACCCCGAGCGCCGGCUCACAUCUCGCUCCCACGGGCCGCGAACACGUACAGGCCCAAAAGUGUUCGUGCCGAUGGCAAGCGGGAGCCGGGGUGUACGCGCGUCGUAACACGCAUCCGCAAGGUCCGCCCCUCCACGAGUCCGAGGGCUGUUUCCCAAGAAACAGAAGUCAGCGUCCCUGCCGGGGGCGGGGCGUGUCGUGCGUCACGGCGCAUAUUCUCCACGCAGCUCCGCCCCGCCGCGCGCUGUUGCCAGGGAGACGACGUCGGUCGCGGCCAUGGAGCCGAGAGUCGUGAAGCCGCCGGGGCAAGAUCUGGUGGUGGAGCGCCUCAAAAGCCGCUACGGCCUGGUGGGCGGCUGCCUUAGCGAGGUGAGGCUCGGCCCUGCCAAGUUCGCGGGUAGCCGGAUCUGCAGGUUGGAGAGGGCGCGAGGCGGAACCUCUGGCGGCGGCGUGCGGGGAGCGGGCUCCCGGCGGGCACGCGCUUCGGAGGAUCGAUGCGCGUCACCGCGGGAACGCGCGCAGGCAUACCCCGCGAAGACUUGGGUGAGGGUCGGAGCAGCGUCAGUCCGGGCGUUGGGCAGUGAGUCCGAGCCGGUUUCACGCCGCAAGCCGGGGCGCCGGCGACAGGACGUGGCGGAGCGGCGGCGGCGGCCUCCCCGCACCCCAGAGGAUUUGGACAUCUUCUCCUGCGGAGAUAAAGUCGGUCCGUCGUUGAGAUGUUUCUCUGACGAGAGGAGGCGGCACCCCGCGUCCCCCCGCGGUGUCCUCACGGUGAACUGGCAAGAUGAUGAACUGGAUUCUUUUCAAGAUUUGAAAGAACCAGAAACAGAAGAAGAGUUCACUGGCAGUGACUCUCGAGUUAAUACCUCCAAAAUAAACAGGCAGUCCUUUAAAGAGACAGGCAAAGCCAAUGCCUGGCAAGCUAAUGUGGCCUCACGUUCAAGGAGCUGGGCUGACUAUUGUAGUGAUGGCAGCGACUCCCCUUCCAAGCAUGUUAGCUCCCCUGCGUCCAGGGCCCCACGGAAGCCAGGCCUGCUGCCCCGUCAGGUCAGCCAGAUCUACGACGAGCUGCUCCAGAUUCACCAGAAGCUGCAGUGUGAGACCGCAGCCCAGCAGGAAUUCGCUGAGGAGCUUCAGAAGCGAGAACGUUUUCUGGUCGAGCGGGAAGAGCUGCUCUUCAGACAUGAAGGUGCCUUGAGUGAAGUGAAAGACGUCAGAGAAGAGGUCCUCAUGCGGUUCCAGAUCAUGAAGGAGCAACAUGAUGCGGAAGUUGAGCACUUAACUGAAGUUCUUAAAGAGAGAAAUAAGGAAAGCAAAAGGCUAAGGUCUUCCUUUGAUGCAUUGAAAGGAUUGAAUGAUAGCUUAAAGAAACAGUUGAAUGAAGUGAGUGAAGAAAACAGGAAGUUGGAAGUUCAGGCCAAAAGAGUUCAAGCCCGCUUAGACAAUCUACAGAGGAAGUAUGAGUUCAUGACAAUACAGAGACUGAAGGGCAAUCCCCAGGCCACUCAUGAAGCAAAAAGUUUAAAGCAGGAAAAAGUACCAGCUUCAAAACCUUGUAAGGUAUCACUUAAUGGGCAAGUUUAUGAACUUUUAACUGUCUUCAUGGACUGGAUUUCAGAUCAUCACCUUAGCAAAUUGAAAAAUGAGGAAUCUGGAAUGGAUGGUGAAAAGCCACUACCCACAUUUGCUUCUCAGAGAAGUGAUAUUCAGGAGAAGUGUGUGAAGCUUUUGCCUCUGAUGACAGAGCAGCUGCAGUGGUUGCCCUUUGUGAAUGCCAGGCUUCACGAGCCUUUCGUGAAGUUUAUCUACUGGUCUCUAAGGCAGCUCGAUGCCGGGACUCAGCACUCUACCAUGACAACCACACUGAGGAGGUUGGGUGAAGACAUAUUCAGAGGAGUGGUGACGAAGGGUGUUCAGGACGUGGCCUUAGAGCACUCAGUGGAGAGUCGACCAAGGACAGCUGCCUUCUUCAAGAGCACCAGCUUGCCCCUGAGAUUCGUGUCCACUUUAAUCGUCCUCAAAACAGUCACUCAAGCUGACUUCCUGGCACAGGCAUUCGACUCGCUGUGUCUGGACCUGCAGGCGGACGAGGGGAAGAGCCUGUUCCUGCAGCUGCAGGCGGUGCCAGUGGUGCUGAGCCACCUGAAGCUCUCCAGCCGGGGGCUGCUGCCCAGCGUCAUGGACAGCCUGCUGCAGAUGACCGUGGAAUCCACUUUCCCAGGGGCCUCAGUGUGAAGAUUCGAUCAUCUUCCAGCCCCUUCUCUGUUGCUCAUGUCUGUUGUGCAGCAGAGCAGCCAUGUCCUGGUGGCUGAGGGGAAGCGACCCCACCUGCAGGGCACAUGGGGACCCAGCCUCCUCUCCUCCCGGAGACUCCCGCAGCCUCCCUGCGUCUCUGAUGCUCGAGUGCAUGAAGCAGUGUGGUCAGUGGGGUUUUCCUCUCGGCGAUGGCCCUGGUGAGUGAGACAGGCUCUUACUCGCUGGUGGGGGCUCCUCCCCAGCCCAGCCAGGACUCUGAUGGGCUUUGCCUGCCUUGUUCUUCAGACCCCAGGGAAACCCCUCAACUUGUGGGAAGCUGCCAUUUUGCUUCAGUGAUUCUUUCCACUCUUGGGUUUCUCAUCUUCCGUGCACGGCACUUCUCAUUAUGCCUUGAGAACGUGGAACCACAGCCAGGAAGCCCAAGCUCUGUGGGAGCCAGCAAGCAAGGGCAGGUCCCUGGUGGCCAGUUGUCCCUCCAGCCUCCCUGGAUGUGGUCUGUGUGCCUGUUUCCCCACACAGUCCUGCGAGGAGGCCCUGGGGAGAGCCGGGGCCUGGAGGGUCAGCUGGCUUGUCCUGGACCCACAGCUGGGCCAAGGCGGAGCUCGGACUUGAACCCAGGGCUGUGGGUUGGGGAGGGGCUCUGCCACACACUCCCCCACCCUGGACUGCUUCCUCCUGCCCCAGGGGGACAGCCUCCGUUGGCCGAGUUUAUUUGUGUUCAUCUCUUGACUGUCACUGUUAAAUGAUCAGACUGCCCGCUGGAAUCUCACUCCUCCCUGAGGGGUGAUGGUGAUGUGGCAGCUCUUGAUUGACUGAUGUCAGGUCUCCAGCAGCAGUGCAAAAUUAGUGACUGAGACAGAGACUCAAGGUUACUUUUUGAAGUAGGUGAAUUUCCAACGAGUUUCACAGAAUUUUUUUCAGUAAGGAAAACAAAACUCCUAUCAGGUGUAAAUGUUUGUUCAUCAGAGACAAAGCCAUCUGAGUGUCUGACAGACGAAGUCACCGUGUAGCCAGAGGACAAUGUGAUACAACCUCAGAAGCAUUGGGGUGCCUACAGCACCCAUGUUCGGUUCCUCAUGCAUGGCCCAGGGCCUCUGUCCCAGCCGCCCUCACCCUGUCUCGCUCUUCCCGUCCCGUGGGGUAAACAACUGCUCCUGAGGCUGCUCUCUGGGAGCUGUGCUGGCAGAGAUAGGACCCAGGAGGCCGGAAGUGAUGUAACUUUGAGGGUUGCUGACCGAGGUAUGUGUGUUUGUUGGAUGCAUUUUCCAUUUUUAGCAUAAACCCAAUGCCUGGUAUUAGCCAACAAAGUUUGUUGAAGGGAUAAAUGAAUCAUAGAUCAAAACACAGCAAAUACUUUCCUACUGUUGGUUUUGUUUUGUUCUUUUUAGGUUUGAGGUGGGAAACUCAUUUCACCAUAUUGUUGUUGAGUUGCUCAGUCAUGUCUGACUCUUUGUAACCCUAUGGAUUGUAUCCCGCCAGGCUCCUCUGU